AUGAGUUCAAACAGCGAAGACGCGGCAACUUCUCCCGUGGUAGUCGCAACCGGACUUCCCAUGUACCAAUCUAUUACUCAAGUCGGGGAGAAUCAAGCGUUGCCUCGGACCGCCGACAACAUGGAGAUCACGCAUGCCCCUGGACAAUCGGGGCUCUAUGAUGCAAGAGGUCAUACUCGUCCAAACGUUGCGAGGAACAUCAUACCUGCAAGACCAUAUGGCUAUGGUGAAAUAGAAACGGAUCCCAGGUAUGCUGCCUCUGCGUCUUCUUGGGAAGCUACUUUGAGAGGAUGGGACUGCGAAUUCAGCAAGGAGAAAAAGUGCUAUUAUUUCUUUCAGAAGAAUAGUACCGGUACCCGAAAACUACAAUGGGAAAAUCCGUAUGCGUGCUUGCAAGCAUCGCAAAGUCAUACCGAUGCGAGGCUCAAAGAGGAAGCAGAGAAACAUGCGGCGGCAUCUAAGCCACAGAAGCUGGUCCGUACUGCGGGUUUGAAUCCUGCUGAGAUGAAGUAUGCAAAGGAUGUGAAAGCAAGUCAACCUCGCGAUGGAUUUCCGUCGGCACAUGGUACUCCUGUUGCUGCCCCUAGUGGUAGUGGUGCCUCCUCUCGUAGAAGACACAGGUCGGACUCGAAGGAUAAGAAGAAAAUGAAGUCAGAGCAGCCUUGUGGCAUUCUUUAG